CACCUUGGGAACCUCCUCCUCUGUUCUGGGCUGCUCGGGAAGCUUCUGAGAGGAGUCGCUGGAGGAAGCCACAGCCCAUGUUAGGGCAUGUUGUCCCGGGGGCGCACUCACUGACCGUCAGCCGGACGACUCGGAGCGUGUGACCGCGCACAGAACACACCGAUCGUAACCAUCAUAUUAUCGAUUCACCACCAUGGCUCAGGCGAAAAUCCAGGCGAAGAUGAACGAGCCUCCGUGCAGCAAGUUCAGCAGGACGCUGUCCAUGGCGGAUCGCUCCGGAAGACUGCUGGAGAGUUUGGAUGAGCUGGAAAUGAGGGUGGAGGCUUUACGUGAAACAGCAUCAGCCAUGGAGCAGGAAAGGGAGUGCAUCCUGGAAAUGAUCCAGUCCAUACAGGGCAGUCAAGAAAUGCGCAACAUCUGCGCUGGGGAAAAAGAAGAAUUAAGUUUAACCGCGAACCGUCUACUUGGCCGAACGCUGUCUGUGGAGAUCUCCAUCGGCACAAUCAGAAACUCCAUGCAGGAGGACGCACUGCACAAGGCCACGUCUAUAAUCGACGAAAUAGUGAAAAAGUUGCUGAAUGACAUGGACGACGGCCGGAAGCAGCUGCUAGCCCUGCAUGCGGCCUGCGUGACCGAGGCACCGCCCGUCGCCAUUGACCAAAAGUUCCAGGCCCUUGUGAUCAGCUGUGCCCUGGAGGACCAGAAGAAGAUCAAGCGGAGGCUGGAGACUCUGUUGAGGAACGUUGAAAAUGCUGAAAAGAACAUCAAGAUCAUGGAUCACCAAAAACUGGAGGACUCACAAGCCAAUGGCGGUCAAUAAGAACCAAAAACAUGUCUUACACACCACCAAUCUGAACAAACUGUGACUCUACAUGUAGCAGAAACACUUAGGGCCAGAUAUACAAUAAAUCACAACUCACUACUAUAUUAGAGUGGUGUCUAUGCAUGAUCAGGUUUUACUUCCACCCACUAAAUAUGGAUUUCUUUUUUUUCUAUCGUGUGAACCCACUAUUGUGUGUUCAAAUGUGCACUUAAGACAAAACAGCAUAGUGCUUGCUGAUAACCAACUGAAUAAUUCAUAAUGAGUCAGGAGAUGAUGCUGCAGUCUUAAUAGCUAUUUUAUUACCAGGUUACACUUUGUGAGAUCGGCAUCUUCGAAUAAAGUGAAAGAGUAUCCCUGAUGACAUAUGGUUGGUUAAAUAGGUGAAGUCUCUUGUUCUGUUUCACUGUCAUACUUUAAAAUCAGACACUUGUUUAAGGAUGUGAGAUAUGCAUGCACUACCUCUUUGAGCAAUACAGAUAAAAUCAACCUGUGGAUUUUUAUUCAUAUUUGCACAAAGCUGUUUUUUAAUGUAAGAUUGUGUCAGAAGAGUUAAUAAAAGUAGAAGGGGCACCGGA